AUGCCGGGUCCGACACAACCCACUCCGCCCUCUUCUCACUCCUCCAAUGCCGGUCAAUCUCCGGAUGGCCAUUCCCACCGUGUUGUGCGGAAUCGCAGAAAGACUGCCGCAAGCAGCGCAAACGCUUCGCCCGACGACAUGCAGAAUCGCAUCGACAGACUCGAGGGACUGGUUCUAUCUUUAAUGACCAGCGGACCACAAUCUGGAUCGACAGCUGCGGCGCAAGCAGCAAUUCAGGGGAGUCGGAGCAACAGUCUGAGUACAGGAUCAGAUCUGAGGCUGGAUCCAGGCGGCGCAGAUCUGAUCGUAGAAGAGACGGAAGGUAAUGGAGAGGAUGAAAGCGAGCUGGAGAACAUAUCUCACGGCAUUGGCAUCAUGAAAAUGGACAACGGAAAGGCCAUGUACGCCAGUGACGCUCAUUGGUACGCGAUCUUGGGUGAAAUCUCAGAAGUCAAGAAGUACUUCGAGAGUCACAAGGACGACUAUAAACAGCAGAUGGCAAAAGUUCAGGCUGCCAAAUCGGCAGGAAAUACCGGUGCCGCAUUUCUGCUACAAGGUCUAGCACCGAUGGACAGGAACGACAUUCUGGCAGCGUACCCAAACAAAGCAGACGCUGACCGUUUGAUUGCGAGAUAUUUCAACGCAUACGACCCUUCAGUCCACAUCAUACAUGGUCCUUCUUUUCAAAAGCAAUACGAUCAGCACUGGCUGAAUCCGAACGAGACUGGUGUCCCUUGGCUAGGACUCUGCUUUGCCAUGAUGACCCUGGCGUUGCAAUCGUAUAACAGAGCAGGUGAUGAGCCUCCGGAAUAUCGUGGGAGGUCGCUUGAGCUGUCGCAUCAGUACAGAAAACUGACUGCACAGGCUUUGAUCUUGUCCGAUCUUACGCAAAGCAAUCCGCAGACAUUGGAGACCCUGGUGCUUCAUGUCCAGGCAGAGUACGGUCGCAGCAAAGAUGCCGAACCAGGGGUCCUGUUAAUGACUGGUCUUUGUGUGAGGCUAGCCAUGCGCAUGGGCUAUCACAGAGAUCCGGGACCACAUCCAGCCAUCACACCAUUCCAAGGCGAGAUGCGACGGAGAGUUUGGACGUUUGUACGACAAUGCGACCUGCUCAUUUCUUUCCAAUUCGGCCUCCCUGCGAUGAUCAAGUGCGAUCACAUGGAUACUGAAGUUCCCCGCAACCUCUACGACGACGAGCUCUUCGAAGACAUGAAGACGCUGCCACCGUCACGGCCGGCGUUUGAGGCGACCCCGAUGUCCUAUAUGAUCACAAAAUCGAAGAUGACGUUCCUGUUCGGUCGCAUCGUGGAGCGCUCGCAGUCCGUGUCGAAUCCGCUAUCGUAUGACGAGACGCUGAAAUUUGAUGCUGAGCUGCGGGAGGCGAGGUCACAGCAUCCGCCGCUGCUUCUCAUGCGCUCGUUCCAAGAAUCGGCUCGCGAUCCGGCCAACUUGAUCAUGCAGCGAUUGGGCCUAGAAAUGGUUUACCUGCGAUCGCUCUUCGUCUUGCACCGACGCUUCAUCGCAAGAGGCCGAGAGAAUCCGAGAUUCGCCUACUCCCGGCGGACGUGCAUUGAUGCCUCGAUGGAGCUCCUCCAUCAUCAAGCCACUUUGCAUCAGGAGUCUCAGCCUGGCGGUCGCCUGCGAUCUGUCAAGUGGUAUAUAAGUUCCCUAACGACUCACGACUUCAUGCUGGCCGCCAUGUUAGUAUGCCUGGAUCUGUACCACAGCGCUGAGGCAGAGCGCAAGUGCCGCACUCCAUCAAGCGGACCGAAUUCGCCACAAACACCCGAGCAGUAUGAUGAGGGCCGCCGCGAACAAAUGAUGCAGGCAGUAGAGCACUGCAUCUCGAUCUGGGAGUCUGUCCGCAACGAGAGUAUAGAAGCCUACAAAGCUUCAUCCGCCCUGCGCGUCAUGGUCGAGAAGUUGAAGGCCCAUACCGAUUGGCAAAAGACCCAGACACGACAGCCGCACCAAGUGCAAGACAAACCAGCUUAUCCUUCGCGCAUCCCCAGCUACAACAUGUACACCAGCGGCAACAUCCCCGAUACGAAUACUGACGACCUACCGCCUGAGCAAUCCGCUGCCAUGACGCUCGGCAUGCUCUCCUCCGGCGGCCUUUCGCCAGGUCCUGGUUUUGGCAUGAACAUUAAUCAAAUGCCCCCCUCGAAUGAGAACAAGCAAUCGCAACCCUACCCAGCUGGCAUGGCCGCUCUCCUCAACGAUCCCAUGGCAGCCCGCACCGGCCUGACACCACAAUACGAACCGAAUAGCAUGUCCAUGGGCGGGGCAGCAAGUCCCAUGACGCAGCUGCUCAAUGGUCAAGGUGGGAACUUCAUGAUGGAGGGCGACAUUGAUUGGGGCGCCUGGGACUCGUACAUUCAAGGCACAGGAGCGGCAGGUCUCGAUAACACGCAAAUGUGGCCCAUGAACCUGGACCUGGCGAUGGAUACCGGCGGACAGCCAGGCCAGCAGCACAACGGGACCAGUGGGCUUGGUCCGGGAGCAGUAUUCAUGGAGGCGCCGGGUGGAGGUGGCGGAGGUGGCGGCAUGUUGUGA